CCAUCCGAUCGCCAGCGUGCUAGACGCAUCAUUCCCAUUGAUGGUUUCCAUCUGUGCCGGCGGUACUCUGGUGAAUAAUUGCAGGCGCUCAUCAUUCGGAAUCAUUGAUUCGCAUUAAGGAUUAUUUUCGCCUCUGAUCGGCAGCCCAGGUAUAAAGAGAAGAUUUAGUGACAGAAUAGUCGUUUGAAAGACUGGUGUAUUAAUAAAGUCUUAGAGGUUUGAAAUUACAACAGCGUCAAGCCUGUGGUCAAUGAUGGUGUCAACCAUGAUUUGGUUGCUUUUGGGAGCGUUCUUCCUGUCAUCCGAGAUUAGCGAUGUCAGUUCAUGCUCUUGCAUGUAUUCGCAUCCUCAGGAACACUACUGUGUGGCUGAUUUCGUUGCUGUCUUGAGGGUGAAGUCUCGUGGAAAGGGUGACGGGGCUAUAACAGCUUAUCACAUUAAAGUGAAAAAGGAAUUUAAAAUGACUGAGAAAGCCCGACGAGCUCUGAGCCAAGGACUGAUUUGGACAAGCAACCAUGAAGCUGCUUGCGGAGUCUCGCUGCAUUCUACCAGAUACUUAAUAGCAGGUCGAAUACGGGGUGAAAAGCCAUUUGUAUCUCUGUGUCACUUCAUUCAAGAAUGGCCUAAGCUGUCUGCAAAGCAAAAAAAGGGAUUCCGAAAACUCUAUCAACAAGGCUGUCGUUGCAAGGUUCGUAUGCCUGGUUAUGUGAAGAACGUGAGAGAACCUUAUUGCCUGUGGGAUACUUUCCGGGGCAAGAGCGAUUGUCAAGGCCUUUACUCGCUAUGUGUUCCUACAGCCCAGAGUAGAAACGGAACUGAAACUUGUUCCUGGGUAAGCACCUCACAAUACCGUCGAUGCAUGAAGGAAAGGAAACUUGAAAGAGAUAGAGAACCUUAAGAGAUUAUUCGGAAAAUGUGUUGAAAAGACUUGGACCUAUUGUGAAGGUUUUCAAUACCAUGUGGUGUUUACGUGCUGUGAGCUAUAGAUUACCUCAACUAGAUCGGGAAGUGUCUGUCCGGCCCAGAGGACUAGAAGUGAACUUCGAAACGAUGUCUAAGGACUGACGUCUGUAUGAGGAGUGAGGGUAUUAGUUUUUUGCCAUCCUGUCAAAUUUUUCAAGGCGAAAUGCUUGAACAGCGUUCAGAUUUGUAAUUUAUGUUAUUUUUGCAUUCAAGUUUUUUGUAUGCAUGCUCCAUUAGUUUAUCAAGCAUUGCUCACGUCUUUCAGUUCCAUACGUGGUCAUGUUGAUUUUAUGUAAUGCACCCUAAAGCGGAACAUUCACCAACAAUUGAACACAGUGAGGUGUAUAAGAGGUAUACUUCGUCCCCACAGAUUAUUUAAUGGCAUUUUAGAAAGUUGUAUAGAGAUUGCGAAAUUUCAUUUUAUUCUUUACUACUGACGACGGUAAUUUGUUUGGAAUAUGUAAAACUGACAGAAACUAAAUGAUGGUAUGGGAUGAACUUAAAAAGAAAAAUCAUCAAAAUUUUAAACUUUUAAAAAAGGAGUGAUUAUACGUAAUCAGUUGCAGUGAUAUUAGUACUCAUUUUACCUUUUGCUAAUUGAUAAGGAAAAUAUUAUCACAUUAAUUUUAUAUUCAUCAUCAUAGCUAUCUAUUUCGUACUUGGUUUUUGUUUUGAUUUACCUUUCGGAAGCCAUUGGCGGUACUGAAAAUGGAAUGCGCAGUAAACAUUUUGUUUGCACACUUAGGUUGCAGUUUGUAAUAUACUAAGAUUUAAAUGCUGCUUAUUUCCUCACGUCUCAAUUAAAAAAAAUUUUUUUUAAAUAAAAUUUUAAUCUUCACGUUUAGAUUUAGUACUGCUUAAUUAAGAGCAGGGAAGUAAGGACAAUAUCGUAAUUAAUUUUAUAAUUUCUGAAAGGUAUAAUUCUAAAAUUUGUCUUCUUGUAUUUCAUUUCGUUCAUUAGCACAUCCAUGAGUGAAUUUAGCUUGUUCCAUUUCUUUGCCCGAAUAUUUAGGUAUUUGAAAGGAAGCGACUACAGAAUUUAUUCUACCAACAUUUAUCAGAACUAUUAAGGUUUAAUAUUACAAACACUGAAUUUUUCUUUCAUUUCUUUUACAUAUUAGAACUUUGAACUAAUGGGGGAUGUUGUCAUGCGCAUCUUUACCUACUAACCGCUUUACAGGACUUUGUAAAUAUUAAUUUAAGUUAUUUUUCUUUCCCCCUUUUUUAAUGAGGAUGAUUAUGUUAUGCAUUAUACUUUAAGAGGACGACCACGUUUGCUUCUAAAAGUGAGAGACGGAGGGAUAUUUCAUUAUCGCGAUGUACUAUAAAUAUGUACAGGUUCUUUUGUAGAAUAUAAUUUCAUGUUAUGGAGCGGUGUGUGUGUAUUCUCCCAGAUUGUACAAAUAUUUCAUAUUGAUUAGUGUAAAUCAUUUUCUCUUUCAAAGCUGGAAGGUUCUGUUUGUUCCUUUCUCAUCAUUUUUAAGUAUAGCGCAAUGUGUAGUUACCGUAAACUUUCUUUGUUUGUGGUAAUAAAAUUGACUAAAUCAUCUUAAAUUUUCAAGUACUAAUGUAUUUUUUCGUACAUUGGAUUUCUGCAAGAAUCUGCAUUUGCUGAAAUAUUUAGGUGAAUAAGACUAUUAAUACUUUCUAAAGCAUGAAAUAUACUUAGCCCUAAGACUUCUUUUUCUGAAACAUUCCAUUUCAUAAUGUCAUUUUAUGCUGAAAUGUGUUUGUAACCAUUUCUUUUAAAGAAGACUUGUACGCUGCCUCCCAUUUAGUGCCGUGUUCAUUAUUCAUUUUGACUUUUUUUCCCUUAGAAUACGUUAAGAAUAUUUUUCAUGCACAUACACGUGUGUGUGUGUGUGUGUGUGUGAAAAUAUUCUUAAAAGAGUUUUAAUAAUUCUUAAAUAAGAUAUGCCAAAAUAGUGAUGUUUUAUUUUACAGUGCCAUAGUUGCAGUCGGUAUAAUUCUAUCGUCAUCUCCUAAAGUUGCAUAAAAUCAUCAUUUUCCAGCUUUGAAGAUCAUCAUUGUUAGAGUUAUUUGAGUUCAUUUCUUUCUUUAAUUUAAAAUUUCGCUCUCACUGAUCAUUCAUCAUGAGUUUUAUUUGAACUCUGCUGUGUAGAUUUUGCAAAAUCAGAAACAUUUCAAUAUAAAUUUUGAGGAGUUUAAAAACUCUCUUUUUGCGCAGUACUUGCAAACUUCUGAGCUAGUGAAAUAAGAAGAUUAUUUGAAAACUUUAUGGGUAGCGUUCAUAAGCUCAGAAAACGAGCUCGAAAUGGUCUCGAGAGAAUAUUUUCAUCAUUACUAGCAAAAUUGAUAUUAUUUCUUUGACAAGUUUCCUUUUGCGGGAGUUUUUUAGAAAUUUGACACUAUCAAAUGUAACAAAACAAUAAAAGUGAACAAGAAUGACAAACAAAGAUGCUUUGUCUGCAAGUAAGUUUUUUGCGAGAAAUAUUUAAGUAGUUUUACUGUGAUAUGUCUUUUAUAAUGGAAGAAAGCCCGCGAGCCCUCCCACCAUGGCAGAUCUUUGACGCUUUACCGACCUCACAGAGUUAUGAAAAGUGUGUGUUCCUUUGUAUGUUGGUUAUUCCCUUUAUAUGUAAAUAAAAGCAUUUUGAUAUUUAAA